UGCGUCGUCACGCAGUGCACGGGCAAGCUCGCCAAGUGCCUCACGAGCCCCAAGUGCGCGGCGAACCUCGUCUGCAUCAACACGUGCACGGGCCGCGCGGACGAGAGCGAGUGCCAGAUCCGCUGCGGCGACCUCUUCGAGAACGACGUCGUCGGCGAGUUCAACGCCUGCGCCGUGAGCCAGAAGAAGUGCGUGCCCCAGCGCGGCGACGACGGCGCGUGGCCCGUGCCGCCGCAGGAGUCGUACGUCAAGGCGUUCAACACGCAAGUCUUCGACGGCCGCUGGUACAUCUCCGCGGGCCUGAACCCCGUCUUCGACACCUUCGACUGCCAGGUCCACUUCUUCACGGCGCCGACGCCCAAGACCCUCUACGGCAAGCUCAACUGGCGCAUCGCCGAGCCCGACGGCGAGUUCUUCACCAAGGACACGAUCCAGCGCUUCGUCGAGGACGAGAAGCAGCCGGGCAUCCUCUACAACCACGACAACGAGUACCUCCACUACCAGGACGACUGGUACGUCCUCGACUACGACGGCGGCAAGGGCGACAAGGACUCGAAGGACGCGUUCGUCCUCGUCUACUACCGGGGCCGCAACGACGCCUGGGACGGCUACGGCGGCGCCGUGCUCUACACGCGCACGCCCUACGCGUCCAAGGCCGUCAACGAGCGCUGCGCCGAGGCCUGCAAGAAGGCGGGCAUCGACUUCGCCGCGUUCCGCGUGCCCGACAACUCGUGCUCCGCCGAG